AUGGGGGUAGUUGUAGUGAUAACUACACAAAAAACAUUGCAGAAUCGUUGCAACUCGAGGAGGGCCAGCAAUCAAAAGAAAGCGUGAAGGAAGGACCCACGGGGAAAGAUGAGGUUGGAGAGGAAAGCAAUGUCAAUGUUGAAAAUGCUGAGAACGAAAAUACCGAGCUGGCAGCGAACAAGGAAGCAGGCCGUGAUGUUGCGCCAGUCGAACAGCCAGACGGGGAUUUAUUUCGAGAUGCAGCAUUGCCUCCAGGUUCUCACACAGUUACACAAGAUGAGAAAUCAACUGCUCCGCAAGUGGAUGAAGGUAGUCCUGUUGAUGCCGAUAUUACCGCAGAUGAAUCCGUCACUUUCCUCGCAGCUGCAGCAGAACCAGUAGCCGCUUCAACAAGCAUUACGACAAUUACUUCUGCCAUAGGAAAGCAGACUCUUGGCGGAAUCGGUCCUAUAACCGUGAACGGCUUGGAACUUGCGGUUGAUGACUUGUCUGAAGAUUUGCAAGGGAGAUUAAACAAACGCUACGAGCAAGAGGACUGGGGUAGUAUCGUUGCAACUGCCUUGUUGAGUCGUACUAUUUUUCAAAAGUAUGCGGAAUCUGCGUCCUCCAGUUCAGAUGAAAGGAUCAAGUUUGUUGUGGGAACGAAACCAACAAGCAAAUCUUCAGUAUCUAGGAAUACUUCUGUAGGAGGCCCAGGAGGAAAUGCCAAUGGGCAACAAGUUGAGAGUCUUUCUCACGCCUCAGACAAGUUCUAUCCUGAUGCGCGUAAUGGCGAUCGGUGUUACGAUGUACCUUGGCAGUGUCCGCUUGUGGAGAGUUUGGGAACUCUUUCGCACUCAAAGGCGACAACCAAAGCAAGUGCUUUAUUUGCAUGUUGUUUGCACUUGCAUCGACAGCAAAGAUAUUUCGUAGUUGAUGCUCCUAAUUCUGCUGGUGAAUCUCCAAGCGGAAAAAGCAGAGGCGCAUCUCUUAAACUGCCAACAUCGACUGCGCUUUUGACGCCGGCGACUGCAGAGGUUCAGCCGGCUUUGCAGCGGGGGCCUAUGAGUACGUGCAUGUCGAUAGAUGAAUACGUCGAUUCUUUCGACGCUGAGGACGAAAAUUUCGAGGAAGAGGAACUGGAAACCUGGAGAAAACGACCGAAGCAAAAGCGUCGCGACGACCCUUUCUUGGAACAAUCCAGGACGCCUGUGUACGAAAGAAGUGUUUGGGCUGAGCAUUGUCGUAGUGCUUAUUUUCAUCAAAUCGCUCAGACAGCAGAGAAACGGCGUCUCGCUGGUCCGUCCUGGCAAGAAGCGCUCCUUAAAGUGGAGUGGUCUAAUUCAGACGGCCAUAAUUUCGAGGUCGUUUGUUACCACGCUUUGAGUUUUCAUCUCUUACGACAUUACCUGUGUGGGUCGGACCGGGAAUUCGCGGAAAGCCUGAGUAAAUGCGAUCGGCUCAGCGUCACGGGAGGUAAGAGCAAAGCAGCGUUUCUGGUCACGCACGACUCGAGGUAUUUGUUGAAAGAGAUGAACAGACAAGAAACCAAAU